AUGGCGUACCGCCUUGGUACCUUAUUGAUCUCUUCGGACAACAACUUGUGGAGCUCUCAACUAAUCAAGAUUACAGAAAUCUCUCCGAAUGCCCGUGCUGUCUGCAAAGCGACGAAAUGCAAGGACAACAAAACCAAGAUCCUGAAGGGCGAGAUCAGGCACGGUGUUAUGGUCACCAUCAAUGAGCACCAGGGCUAUCAUUAUCGCCACUGGGGUUGCGUGACGCCUCUGGUCAUACAUAACUGGAAGGAGAGCUCAGGUGGCGACAUGGAAAUGGUUGAUGGCUUUGAAGAGCUCCCUUCGGACGUGCAGGAGAAGGUCAAGCGUGCGUUUGAGCAGGUUCACGUUGAUGACGAGGACUGGAAUGGUGAUCCUGAGAUGAACAGGUACACUGGAAAGGCUUCGGGUAUGUUCAAGAGGCAGCAGAAGAAGAAGAAAGGCAAGAAUGCUGAGGGCGAGGACGAGGACGAGGACGAGGACGCCGACCCUUCUCCUACCAAGAAAGGGUCUAAGAAGCGUGGUGCUGCCGCCACUGCCACCGCUGACGAUGAUGUUGACGACAAGCCGGCUAAGAAACCUCGCGCGAGAAAGGCUGCGACGGCCGCCACAGACGAUAAUGAAGAAGACGAGCCUGCUCAGCCAGCCAAGAAAGCCAGGAAGUCGAAGAAGGCCCAGGAUGACGACGUCGAUGAGGUGAAGCCGAAUAAGCCUGCCACUAGGAAGGGCAGAAGCAAGGCGGCGCAAUCCUCCGACACUGUCGAGGCUGAUGAGGAUGAGACGCCCAAGCCAGCUACCGCUAAGAAGUCGAAGGCGAAGAAAGCUGCAAAGGCUGUCGUUGAGGACGACGGAGACGAACCAGAGGCGGAGGAGCAGCCUAAGCCGCAGAAGGCCAAGGCUAAGGCCAAGGGCAGGGCCAAGAAGGCUGCUGCUGUUGACGAGGAGUGA